GUGUCUCUGAGCGACCUGCGCGUGGGCCAGAAAUUGCGCGGAAUUGUGCGGCGCAUUUCGCAAUGGGGCGCCUUCGUAGAGAUAGGCCCUGGCACGACAGCUCUGGCCCGAAUCUCCCGAAUGGUCGAGCGUUAUGUGGAAGACGUUUUCGAUGUGGUAUCUGUGGGGCAGGAAGUCGUCGUUUGGGUGUACCGCGUUGCGCCGGACGGCAAAGUCGGCCUGUCCAUGAUCGAAUAUCCGACUUCAAAGCUGAAGGAUCCCGUCUCUUUCUUUGAAGAUGCGAGGCCCUCCGAGUGGUUUACAGCCACCGUUCGUUUCAUUUCCAACUGGUCGAUCUUCGUUGAUGUCGCGGUCCCCGAAGGAGGAGGCCUGGUCCAGGGCAUCCUGCACAAGUCGCAGUUUCCGCAUCCGGAGAAGGCCGUGAAGGGCCAAGAAGUCGAAGUACGAGUAGUGGAGAUCAUCUCCAAUACAGGGACACUGCGACUGACAGCCAUGCGGAGGGGCAGCCGGUGA